AUGAGGACGUCGAGAAAGGCUAGCGUGGAAAUGCCCGCCUUCGUGCGCCAGCUGGUCAAAGAGACAGAGAAGAGGGUCAGCUCUUUCUUCAGGGGGGGCCGGGCGGGAACGGCCGACGGGGACGAGGACGGGGACGGGGUCCUUCCCAGCCCCUACUUGGACCGGCCGGUGUUGGACAAACUGCUGGAGGAGGGCUGCGCCCGCUGGGGUGUCAGCUACGCCCUGGGCAGCAUGCAAGGUUGGCGGGCCCACAUGGAGGACUACCACAACUGCGUCCCUCAGCUGGGGGGGGGGCUGGCCGACUGGAGCUUCUUCGCCGUGUUCGACGGCCACGCGGGCGGCGGGGUGGCGCGCCACUGCUCGCGCCACCUCCUGGGCCACGUCCUGGCCUCAGGGGGACUGGGGCCCGAGGACGACCCCGACGGGGUGACGGGGGCCCUCACAGAAGGCUUCCUGCAAACAGACAAACACCUCCUGGCCGUGGCCCGCAGAGAAGGAUGGGAGCGCGGCGGCACCACGGUGGUGGGCGCCCUCCUUUCGCCCCGCAACAUCUACAUCGCCAACUGCGGGGACUCCCGGGCCGUGCUGUGCCGCUCGGGUCGGGUCCGCUUCUCCACCGAGGACCACAAACCGUACAGUCCUCUGGAGAAAGAGCGCAUCGAGAGCGCCGGAGGAGCCGUGUCCCUGCAACGGAUCAACGGCUCCUUGGCCGUCUCCCGAGCUCUGGGCGACUUCGGCUACAAGGGCGCGGAGAACAGGUCGCCCGGCGAGCAGAUGGUCUCGCCCGAGCCGGAGGUGCGCGCGCUGGAGCGCUCGCCGGCCGACGAGUUCCUGGUGCUGGCCUGCGACGGCGUGUGGGACGCCAUCGGCAACGAGGAGCUGUGCGCCUUUGUCCGCAACCGGCUGCUGGUGUGCGCCGACCUGAGGGAGGUCUGCUCGCAGGUCAUCGACCUCUGCCUCUACAAGGGCAGCCUGGACAACAUCAGCAUCAUCUUGCUGUGCUUCCCUGGCGCCCCCCAGCUGUCCUCGGAGGCGUUACACCAGGAGGCCGAGCUGGAGGAUCUGCUGGAGUCCAAAGUCGCAGAGAUUUACCAGGAGCUGCUCGACAGAGGGGACGAUCCCGAUUUGCUGGCGGUGCUGACGGUCCUCGCUUCCGCCGCCAUCCCGGGAUUGCCGCCAGGGGGCGGCAUACACAGCAAGAGGAACUGCAUCAUCUCGGCUUUCUACCAGCAGAGAGAGACGCACGAUCGCGAUCGCCAUCACGAUCACCAUCGCGAUCGCCAUCGCCAUCGCGACCCUACGCUGCCGAACGGAAGCACAAAGGAUUGGAAGGCUCCUGAAGAGGCCCGCUGACUUUUUUUUUUUUUUUGGCCAAUUCACAUCUGCAGUAACUAUUUUAAUUCAUCUUUCCAAAUGGACCCCAAACAAGUUAGCCGUCGGUUUUCACCCUGCUAGCCGGCGGAAAAAGUCAGACAUUCUAGAUUUGCACAACGCCGUACGGUAUUUUGUAAGACUUGCUCAGCGGUCCGGAAACGGAAGACACAAAUACAGAGAAGCCCGUCAAACUGGGGAAGAUUAGGGAAAACUUGAGUCGAAUCUACGCUGGGCCAAGAUAUGAACAUCCAGCCAACGUUCGUUCGUUCCUUCGUUCCGACAGAAGCUGCUAACAAUGGUGGGAAUGCACAAAAUACAUUUCUCACAUAAUACUUUGAUGUUUUGACUUUCUGCUGUCCGUUUCUUAGAAGAAAGGUCACAAUAAAGUGAUUUA